GUAGAGAACCGUGAGAAGCGGUCUGAUCACGGUUCUCAAAACCGUGAGGUCUGACCGUGGUUCACACGGGUUCCUAUUUUUUUUGCAUUGAACGGUUUUUGAAGCUAAAAGAACCGCAAAAAAGAGCGGUUCGAGGUUUUUUCGGUCGGACUGUACGGUCCGGUCCGGGUUUGAAAACCAUGGUUGCUAAUGCAUUGGAUUAUCUUCAUCAUCAUUGCCAAACACCAAUCGUUCAUUGUGAUCUCAAGCCUAGGAAUGUCCUUAUUGAUGAUGAUAUGAUUGGACAUGUAGGUGACUUUGGCUUGGCAAGAUUCCUUUUUAAUGCUAUCCAAGAUUCUUCUAUUAACCAAUCAAGCUCUAUUGGAGUAAGAGGAACAGUUGGUUAUACUCCUCCAGAGUAUGGAAUGGGAAACAAGGUGUCAAUAAAUGGUGAUGUAUAUAGUUAUGGCAUAUUAUUGUUAGAGAUGUUCACGGGAAAAAAACCAACUGAUAACAUUUUUCAAGAUAGCUUAAACCUUCAUGAUUUUGUUAAAGCAGCCCUGUCGGAACGAGUAAUUGACAUUAUAGAUCCUAUCCUUCUUUGUGAAAGAGGAGAGAACAGAGUGAAUAACAUUACUUGCAAUGAAAGCCAAAUUGGAAGUCCGAAGAGACUAGAAUGCUUGAUUUUUAUACUUGAAAUUGGAGUUGCUUGUUCUGUUGAAUUUCCAAGAGAAAGGAUGAACAUGGGUGUUGUGAUAAUUGAGCUACACUCAAUUCGAAAAAAAUUUCUUGGAACUAAUAUACACAGACAAAGGAUUCAAGCCACAGGAAAGACAGAUAUGGAGCUAAUCAAAACAGUCAAUCUUAGUUCGUGCUAUGAUUUCUUAGGACUAGUAGUUUUUAGAUAGGCUAGUUUAUUUGAAUAAGGGUUCAUUCAUUAUAUUCGAGUUAUUAAUGUAUUGGACUUACUUUUGUACUUGAGGUUUUGUCAUAGAUUGACAAAGGGGAGAUUGUUAAGGUUAUGUGUUUUGGUAUUGUCAAACCAUGUCAAAUUAUGUGUCUUUUAUUGAGUUUUGAUGUGUCUUAAAGUUGUAAUUGAAGACUAAGUUGAACACACAAAGUUUGCUCAAGAAAAGCUCAAGAAAAACACAUUUCCAGCACAUUUUCAGCAUGUACCUCAAUAGCAGCUCGAUACUUCCUCGAUAGAAGCUAGAAACUUACUGCCUCCUCAACACAAGCUCGAUCGAUUGAGCGAUGUACAUCAACAAAAAUCAACAACGCAAAAAAGCCCAUAAGUUAUUCGUUUGAAGCCCAAAUUGAGAUUCGUUUAUUAUAAGAACAUUAUAAGCCAUCUAUUAGAACGCUUUUUAGAGAGAGAAACACUUCAUUUAUGAGGCUAGGAUUUUGUAACGAAGUUUCUCUCUUUCACCAAACCAAAGAGUUUCAAAGUAGAUCUGAAGAUUAUGUUGGUGAAGAAGCUAAAGUUAUAGCAACCACCACAGACUUGCUACUGUGAAGAAAACCGUCAAGAGGUUCUUGAAGUCAGUUGGAGGUUUCAAUUGUGAUUGUGGGUGGAGCAUUCAUAUAUUGGAGAGUUAAGAAGUUCUGAAGCGGAGAAAGUUUCUGCUGUAAGUUCAUCUAUUGAAAUUGUAGAGUCUAAAGACAAAAGUUUUGUACUAGAUCUGAAACUUCUCUUUAUUAUA